AUGCACGAAAGCGAUCUCCAUACCAUCGCAAAAACCCUCCAUGAUGCUCGUCAAACCUCAAGACCUAUACAACCACCGACCAAAACCUGGCCGCAACUAACACCCGACGAUGCUUUGCGCAUCCAACAAAUCACUCUACACGACGCCCUCUCAAACGGUGAUCGCCUCGUAGGCUGGAAACUCGGCAACAUCGCAAAAGUCAUGCAAGAUGCUUUCGGCCUCGAUCAGCCCGAUUAUGGCUCCUUACUCGGCAGCACUUUCAUCUACGAAGGAACUUCCAUCGACCUGAAAAAUUUCAUCAAACCUUACGUUGAGCUCGAACCGGCUUUCAUAUUGAAGAAGUCAUUGCGAGGUCCGAAUGUUACUGUUGCAGAUGUCAUCAGUGCUGUGGAGUAUUGUCUUCCUGCCAUCGAGAUUAUUGAUUCGAGGGUGAGGGAUUGGGAAAUUGGACUUCCGGAUACGUUGGCGGAUAAUGGUUCUACGGGGGCGGUGAUACUUGGUGGGACGCCGAGGAGGUUGGAAGGAUUGGUGUUAGCUGACACGAAAGGAGUGUUGUAUUUUAAUGGACUGGAAGUGAUUCGAGGGAAUACGUCGAAUGUUUUGGGAAAUCCUCUAGCAGCUGUCGCGUGGCUUGUGAAUCGUUUGGCGGAGUUUGAUGUUACUUUGGAGGCUGGGCAUGUUGUUCUGCCUGGGAGUUGCUUGCAAGCGGUUCCGAUGUGGGAGGCUGGGCGUUGGAAUGGGGUGUUUGAGGGAUUUGGGAGUGUGGAGUUCGAUGUUGUUGGUGCUUUGCCGGCUUCUGCGACUGAGUUUAGGAAUGGUACUAUGAAGGCGAAGUUGUAA